GAAAGGUACGAAGAUGGCCGCGCUCGCCGCCGACGUGGAGGCCGGGCUGGAGUCGGUGUUCCCGCAGGAGCUGGGGCUCUUUGCAGAUGCUUUCCCGGCAGAGGCCCGGUACCGGUUCUGCGGGCACGAGCUGAGCAUCGCGCAGCACCACGGCGCCCAGCUGGGGGUGGCUGCGCCGGUUUGGGAAGCGGCCCUAACCCUCUGCGAGUAUUUUGAGGCACAGAAACUGAAUUUCUGGGGCAAGAAGGUUAUAGAACUGGGUGCUGGCACGGGCGUCGUGGGCAUCCUUGCAGCCCUUCUUGGCGGUGAUGUGACCAUCACAGAUCUUCCUGUGGCCAUGAAGCAGAUAGAGGAGAAUGUCCGCCGGAACGUGUCUGCAGAAUGCAUGACACGAACCAGAGUUUGUGCUCUGUCGUGGGGUGUGGACCACAAAGAGUUUCCCCAAAAUUAUGACUUCAUCCUGGGUGCAGAUAUUGUCUAUCUCAAGCACACCUACCCCUUGUUGAUCAGGACUCUCCAGCAUCUAUGUGGUGCUCAGUCUACCAUCUACCUGUCUUCCAAAAUGCGUCAGGAGCACAGUACGGCGCUGUUCUUUGAGACUAUGCUGCCUGUGCACUUCACCUCAAAGCUGGUCUUUAGAGAUGAGGUUGAGAAUAUUAACAUCUACAAAGUGACCUGCAAAAGUGACAUCAGACAGUGAGCUUCUUGGUUUACCAAUGAGUUUAGCAAACACUGCCUUUACCUUUUUUUAAAAAAAAACCAGAGUGUUUUUAAUCCAGAAGUCUGGGGUGGGGUGAGGUGAAACAUUCAUCCGCGGUAGCUAUUAUCCAGAGUUCUCUAUCCAUCAGCAAAUGGUAAUACAGUGGUACCUUGGGUUACGUACGCUUCAGGUUACAUACGCUUCAGGUUACAGACUCCGCUAACCCAGAAAUAGUGCUUAAGGUUAAGAACUUUGCUUCAAGAUGAGAACAGGAAUCGUGCUCCGGUGGCGCGGCGGCAGUGGGAGCCCCAUUAGCUAAAGUGGUGCUUCAGGUUAAGAACAGUUUCAGGUUAAGUAUGGACCUCCGGAGCGAAUUAAGUACUUAACCUGAGGUACCACUGUAAAGUGGUACCUCGGUUUUUGAAACAUCUCCAUUGACGAACAUUUCGGUUUUCGAACGAUGUAAAGCUGGAAGUAAAUGCUUCAGCUUUCAAACACUUUUCGGAAGCUGAACAUGCCAUCUGGCUUCCGUAUUGAGCUUUCGGUUUUUGAACAGCUCAGAACUCGAACGGUCUUCUGGAACAGACUACGUAUGCAAACCGAGGUACCACUGUAUUUGUAAUAACUUAUCUUUGCUGGACUGUUGCAGUAAGAAAAUCCCAGUACAGUGGUACCUCGGGUUACAUAUGCUUCAGGUUACAUACGCUUCAGGUUACAGACUCCGCUAACCCAGAAAUAGUACCUCGGGUUAAGAACUUUGCAGAACAGAACAGAAAUCGUGCUCCGGCGGCACAGCGGCAGCAGGAGGCCCCAUUAACUAAAGUGGUGCUUCAGGUUAAGAACAGUUUCAGGUUAAGAACGGACCUCUGGAACAAAUUAAGUACUUAACCCAAGGUACCACUGUAUACAUGUGAAAGGUCAUGCUCCCUCAAAAGGCAGUGUUUUCUGAGAGAGAUAUUGCCAUUAUUAUUAUUAUUAUUAUUAUUAUUAUUAUUAUUAUUAUUUGCAUAUUGUCCUACAUCUGUCAAUCUCAGGGCAGUGUCCUGGUUGUGGGCUUCUUGGUGACAUCUGGUUGGCUACUGUGAGAACAGAAUGAAGGCCUAGACAGACAUUUGUUCUGAUCCAUCAAGCUCUUCCUAAGUGUUCAUGUGACAUGCAUUUCCAUUCUAUUCCCUAGCUAUGUCAGGGCGGUGCCAUCCCCACUGCUGUGAUUCUCAAGUCCUUCAAAAGGCUUCACUGAUCACGGCCACAUUGUUUGUUGUGAAAAAGUGACAUGUUCAUGAAGGCUACUGAACCAUUCCUGCUUUGUUCUACCCUUCCUGGAAAGCCCAGCCAUGCGCCUCGGCUUACGGUCACAUGUUUGCCAAACAAAUCCCAAUUGGUAAGCCGGGAGCAAGCAUGGUAAGCCAAGCUUCAAUUUGUUGCUCCAGGGAUGGUGGAACAAGAAUUGGAGCAACUCGGCAGCAUUCGCUUGUUUCUGAUUUACCAUGAUGGGUCCAUUCUUUAAACAUUCCUAGGUAAAUGCAGAGGGACGUGGGUGGCACUGUGGUCUAAACCACAGAGCCUAGGGUUUGCUGAUCAGAAGGUCGGCAAUUCGAAUCCCCGCGACAGGGUGAGCUCCCGUUGCUCGGUCCCAGCUCCUGCCUACCUAGCAGUUCAAAAGCACCUCAGAGUGCAAGUAGAUAAAUAGGGACCGCUCCGGCGGGAAGGUAAACGGCGUUUCCGUGCGCUGCUCUGGUUCGCCAGAAGCGGCUUAGUCAUGCUGGCCACAUGACCCGGAAGCUGUAUGCUGGCUCCCUCGGCCAAUAAAGUGAGAUGAGUGCCGCAACCCCAGAGUCGGCCACGACUGGACCUAAUGGUCAGGGGUCCCUUUACCUUUACCUAGGUAAAUGCAGAGAUAAAUCUGGAGCUCUGUGCACAGGAGAGCAGGAGCUCCAGAAUGUGAUCUGGCUGACAGGAGUUGCUUACUUCUUUGCCCCUUUGGUGUAAUAUUUUGCGAGUGUGCAUCUGUGGCACCAGGCAGAGAAGGCAUGUGUUCUAGGAUGUGCCCUUAGAUUUAAUGUGUUUGGCACUCCGGUAUUCUUUUCUAAGUGAAAUUUGUAAAACUGCUUUUUUUACCUUUAAUAAUGAUCCUGGUUCAAAAAAGAAAAUAUUAUUUUAGUAACUCCAGGGCAAGGGACCAGAAGCAUUACACAAGUGCUUUAAAAGACACUAAGAUGCCUUUUCUCAUUUUAAGAGAUGCUUUUUUAAAAUGACAAUUUUGUGAUUGCAUAAAAAGAUGGAUAUAUCAUUUCUACAAGGAUAAUGUUAUCUUUUUAAAGAUGGUUUAACAUCAUACAUGCCUAUGCACUAUGUAUUUCUAUUUUGCACUAAGGUACUAUCUCGUUAUCAAUUUCCUGAUUAUAUAAAUUAUUAAUAGGUAACAUUUUUAGGGACCCUGGUUUCAGUUCAAUUUGUAUAAUAUCUUAAGGAAGCUAUGCAUGUAAAUUCUCUGGGUAAGAUUUUACUCAACAUGUGAAUUACAGAAGCUAUUUAAAGUAA